GUCACUCACAAACGAAUUUGGCGCCAGAGAUUCAACACGGUGCUGAAGCGAAAAGUGUGUGUCACUUAUUAAUAGAGUAGUGAGGGAGCUGUUAGAGGUUUUUCCUCUUUUUUUGCGUGUUAAACGUUAAUGCGAGUUGUUGAACAUGUUUGUGACCGACAUUAGAAAAGAGUUUUAUGAUGUUGUGGUUCAUCAGAGAGUGGCUCUGCUCGUGUCCGCGGACAUCGACGCGCUGUGUGCCUGUAAAAUCCUGCAGGCUUUGUUCCACUGCGACCAGGUGCAGUAUACACUGGUUCCUGUGACAGGAUGGCAAGAACUCGGUACAGCCUUUCUGGAACAUAAGGAACAGUACCGGUAUUUUGUGCUGAUUAACUGUGGAGCAAAUGUGGAUUUGUUGGAGACACUGCAGCCUGAGGAAGAUUCUGUGUUUUUUAUCUGUGAUACCCACAGGCCUGUUGAUGUGGUGAAUGUUUACAAUGACACACAGAUCAAACUGCUAAUUAAACAAGAUGAUGAUCUUGGUGUUCCCUCCUAUGACGACAUUUUCCGUGAUGAAGAGGAUGAAGACAGCGAUGGAGGAGAUUCUGGGAAUGAGAGUGAUGGUGGCUCGGAGCCAUCUGGGAAACGGAGGCGUUUCGAUGAGGGGGCACUGGAAAGGAGAAUUGAGCGACAGCGAGCAAGGAGAGAAUGGGAGGCUCGGAGGAGGGAUAUCCUGUUUGAUUAUGAGCAAUACGAGUACCAUGGCACAUCUGCUGCAAUGGUUAUGUUUGAGCUGGCCUGGGUUAUGACCAAAGACACCAGAGACAUGUUGUGGUGGAGUAUUAUUGGUCUGACAGAUCAGUGGGUUCAUGAAAAAAUUACACACAUCAAGUAUGUAACGGAUAUUGCUACUCUGCAGAGGCACGUGUCUCGCCAUAACCAUCGCAAUGAAGAUGAAGAGAAUUCUGUCUCUAUCGACUGCAUGAGGAUCACUUUUGAAUACGACUUGCGCUUGGCUUUGUACCAGCACUGGUCACUGUAUGAGAGCAUCUGCAACUCCUGCUACACCUCCUGCAGUUUUAAACUGUGGUCAAUCAAUGGGCAGAAGAAACUACAGGAAUUCCUGGCAGACAUGGGACUUCCACUCAAACAGGUGCGACAAAAGUUUAAUUCCAUGGACAUGUCAAUCAAGGAGAACCUGCGUGAAGUUAUCGAGGAGUCCUCCAAUAAAUUUGGGAUGAAGGACAUCCGCGUGCAGACGUUUGGUGUACACUUUGGCUUUAAGAAUCGUUUCUUGGCGAGUGAUGUGGUACAUGCUGCUGUAGCAUUGCUGGAGAAUGUGGAGAAGGAGGAGACUCCUACGGACAACUUCAUCAAAGCUCUGGAUUGCCUCUCAAGGAGUAACAUAGAAAGGCUGCAUUUGGGGAUUGAUCUUGCUAAGAAAAAGUUAAAGGCUAUUCAGCAGACCGUCGCCAGCUGCAUCUGCACUAAUCUCAUUCUCUCACAAGGACCCUUUCUUUACUGCCAUUUAAUGGAGGGAACACCAGAUGUAAAACUCUUUUCCAAGCCUUUGGCCCUGACUCUACUGUGCAAAUAUCUCCUCAAGGCUUUUAUCUGCUCUACCCGGAAUAAACGCUGCAAGAUUUUGCCACUCAUUAUGGCUGCUCCUAUGGAUGUGGAGAAGGGCACGGUUAUCGUCUUAGGAAUUCCACCAGAGUCUGACACUUCUAACAAGAAAAAUUUUUUUGGCAGGGCUUUUGAGAAAGCAGCUGAAAGUACAACCUCCAGGACACUGCACGAUCACUUUGACACUUCAAUUAUUGAACUGAAGAUGGAAGACAAAGGAAAAUUUCUUGAUGCCCUCAUUACCCUGCUGUCCUAAUGCCUCAUGACAUGCUUUAAGCCUCCUCCAAAUCUCACACAAAAAGAACAUUCAGAACUCUGUUAUUCUCCAAUCUUCUCUCCUUAAUUGGUUUGUUGCUGAAAUAUUUGCUUUGUCUGUGAAUGGAAUUUUGCAUUGCUUGAGAGCAAAUAUGAGAUUUCACAUGCUCCCUAUCAGUUGGGUGUCAGAUCUGUGUUUAACUUCCCACAUGAAGACCUUGACAAGUAGCAGUCAAACUGUACUACAGGUCUCUGUCGUCUAAUACAAAUCGUACAUAUCUUCUAAGCUCUUGUUAGAUCGUGUAUGUGUAUAAUACUGUACAUUUAUUUGGAUUUUGUUGUAGUUUUAAUGUUGUGUUUUUUUUAUGGGAAAUUCAAUAUAAAAAUCAUGUCUCAAUAAUAAAUGA